CGCCCAUGGGCGGGGUGAAUAAAUGCGCCAGCAGCUGGUCACACAGACAUAAAGACGCCCCAUUGUUUGGCCAUUUCCUUCUGGGGGGGCCGCUGUCACGGCGGUGCCAGGCGCUGCUGCCACCUGCGGCAAAGACCCAGACGCGGGCUCGGCGGACCAGAGACGGGCUACGGGGGCCGGCAAAGAGCGCGCGGAGGGCGGCCGGGGCGCCGUCCGCUCCAGCCUACGGAGGCCGCGGCAGGUGGCCGCGCGCCCGCCCGCCCGCCUGCAGGCGCGACGCGUGCGGGAUCAAAGCGGCGGGAAGGGGCGGGGCGCAGAGGUGUCGGGGACCGGGAGGUGUGAGAGAGCGAGCUUCCCAUGGACUGCAGGAGCGUGGGAGCGCAGAGAGCCCUGGAGAGACGACGAGACGGAGCCGGGACGAGCGAGCUCAGCGACUCGAGAGCGCAGAUGAGAUGCAGACGCGGAGCACGGGGAUACCCCGAGUCAGGGAUGGGGCGACAGAGGAGGUGGCGCCACGAGACUCGGGGGGGACGCGAGAGAAGCGGAGACAAGAGACGUGGAGGGAGGCCGGACGGGAACGACCGAGACUCACGGACUCGGGAAAAUGAAGUGCGCUUGGAAAACCAGAAAGGAAGAGCCGUGGAAAAAAGCAGCAGGGGUGGAGAGUGUGGGGCAGGGCGAGCUCCCCCUCCCCUGCGGAGGGCUCCGGGGACCCCCGGGGCGGGGAUCCGAGCGCCGCGUCCUUUCUCAGGGUCACGCCCGGGAGAGGUGCGGGCCGGGGACAGAGGGAGGGGCGAGGAGGCUGUAGGACCCCCAGGCUGGGAGGGUCUGUCUGCCAAUCAGCCGUGCAGAAUCACGGCCUAGACCUAGGGUUUGGAACUAAACUCCGCCAUUGAGCCAAAGAGUUAUACUGGGAAUGUUUGAACAAAGGUGCUUCUUGGAAAGUCAUUAAAUUUAGACUCUCGUCUUUGGAGAUAAGAGGAAGAGAAAGGAUAAGGAAAAAGCUAGAAGUGCAUUGGCCGGGAAUCGAACCCGGGCCUCCCGCGUGGCAGGCGAGAAUUCUACCACUGAACCACCAAUGCAAGUGAUAGAGAAGACCUGACAGUACUCCCUGACCUUUGAGGAGGUUGAGUCGGAAGUGACCACACUGAAGGCGCAGACCAGGGGCUCGGGCAAGGAACAGCCCCGGAUGGCUGACGUGGGUGGAGCGCCGGAUCCGGCCACCGGGCCAUAAAGCCACCCCAUAUGGCCAGGGGCGGCCCCACACCCGGGUGCGAACAGCCCCGGGCCCCAAGCCUCGCGUGCAGAUGCUGAAGCCGCUGGUGGAGAAGCGGCGCCGGGACCGCAUCAACCGCAGCCUGGAAGAACUGAGGCUGCUGCUGCUGGAGCGGACCCGGGACCAGAACCUCCGGAACCCGAAGCUGGAGAAGGCGGAGAUCCUGGAGUUCGCCGUGGGCUACUUGAGGGAGCGCAGCCGGGUGGAGCCCCCGGGGGUUCCCCGGUCCCCAGGCCAGGACGCCGAGGCGCUCGCCAGCUGCUACCUGUCCGGCUUCCGCGAGUGCCUGCUCCGCUUGGCGGCCUUCGCGCACGACGCCAGCCCGGCCGCCCGCGCCCAGCUCUGCUCCGCGCUGCACGGCUACCUGCGCCCCAAACCGCCCCGGCCCGAGCCGGUGGAUCCGAGGCCUCCGGCGCCGCGCCCACCGCUGGACCCCGCCGCACCGGCCUUCGGCCCCGCGCUGCACCAGCGCCCCCCAGUGCACCAGGGCCCCCCUAGCCCGCGCUGCACAUGGUCCCCAGCCCGCCGCUCGCCCCGCGCCGGGGAUUCCGGCGCGCCGGCGCCCCUCACCGGACUGCUGCCGCCGCCGCACAGACAAGACGGGGCGCCCAAGGCCCCGCCGCUCCCGCCGCCCGCUUUCUGGAGACCUUGGCCCUGAGCUGUGGGGGCUGGGGUGGGAGCGAGGGCUGGGGGCAGGGUAGAGACUCCAGCCCGAGGGCAGCAGAGGGACCCGGGCGUCCGGGCGAGGAGGUGUUGGGGAGGGCGGCGGGGCGCGCGGGCGCAGCGCGCGGGUGAGAUGUGGUCUAUAUUAGAGUAUCUAUAUAAAUAUAUAUUUCCCUGCUUCCUGUCCUUUUCCCUGAGCCCCCACCCCCACCCCCUGGCGUCUAGGAUUGUACCCUCUCCGUCCCCGGCCCAGUCCCAGUCGCUUCCCGAGUCCCUAGUGCAUGGAAUAAAGUGGUUAUUAAA